AUGCAGGAGGAGGAUGAUAGGCUGGAUCAGCAGCAAGAAGAAAUUGAGGAGCAGAAUAUAGAGAAAGAGAAGGAAGACGACCAGCAAAAUCAGCAGGAGAAUAUCGCUCACGAGGAGGUGGAAUUUCAGGCUGAAGUUUAUGAGCAGGAGAAAGAGUUAGCAGAAUUGGAGAAGGAAGAGAAGCAGAUGGAGGAAGAGGAUCAGGACGCAGGGCAGAAUGUAGAAGAGGACUACCUCCAGCAGCAGGAGGUUGAACGGGAGCAGCGAGUGGAGCAGCAAGUGGAGCAGGAAGGAGGGAUACAAUGGGAGAAGCUGGAGGUAGAUCAAGGGGCGUUGAUGGGGGAGGUAAAAAGGGAAAUGUGGAAUCCGAAGGUAGAUGAGGAUCGGGAUGGAUUAAAAAUGCAGGAAUGGGUGAACGAAAUUCACAGAGAUCUGGAUUCAUCAGUCAAAGUUGGACAUAGGAGGCGGAAAUGGUGUAGAAAACUACUUUGUUGUUUGGGCUAG